GCUGUUCACUGUUGUCGUAGUUUGUACAUACGUAAAUAUAUUCUUUGUAGAGGUGAAAAGAUAACAAUAUGUACAUUGAAAAACGUUCUGGCGUAAAGUCGUGCACAUACUAUUGCUCGAAAAAUUCUCUUGCUGUGUUAAAUGUCAUUUACAUUUUUCUUGCAAUCUUGUUAAUAUCCAUUGCUGUAUAUGCAAAGAUCACAGCUGUGUUGACAAGUUUACCUAUACUUGGAGCAGUUGUUGCAUGUGGUGUAUUUUUGUUGAUUGUUUCAAUAUUUGGUUUGAUUGCAGCUGUUCGACAUCAACCAGUUAUACUUUUCUUUUACAUCAUAACUAUGGUGUUUUUGUUUAUCUUCUUGCUAUCAGUGUCUCUUGCUGCGCUAACUGUCUCCCCAGAUAAACAAGAGAAAAUAUUGAAAUCAAGCUGGCAAAAAUUGGGAAAUCAGACAAAGAAUGAGCUCCAAGUUGCAGGAAAUUGCUGUGGCUUUCAUGUUUUAGCAGACCUUCAAAAUACUACAAUGUAUCACCCUCCUUGCACUAAGCUUCCAUGUUGUAAGAAACGAACAAGAGACUUCUGUGAUCAAUGUCCGGCAUGUUUUACAUACUUUAAAGGUUCCAUUGAUCAAGCUCUUUCUGUGGCAGGAGCUAUUGGAUUGUUCUUCAGUUUCACAUUGAUAAUUGGCGUUUACGUGGCCUAUAAAUAUCGCAAUAUAAAGGAUCCAAAAAGUUCAUCUGGGUCGUUUCUUUAAUGAUUUCAAAUUCUAGAUUGGAAUAUGCAUAAAUACUAUUUAAUGAUAACUUUUUUCGUUUGAAUGCUUAAUUUUCUGUUGAAAUUUUCUGUUUGAAAUGUAUUAUUGACGAAAGAUUUUUCUUUUCCUUCCAA